AUGGGUCUAAAAACUUUCACACACAACUCGCCAGUCCACAGUCAGGAGCUUCUGGGAAAGUUAAAUAAAUUACGCAACGAAGGGCAUUUCUGUGAUGUGACAAUUCGGGUCCAAGACAAGGUCUUCAGGGCCCACAAAGUGGUCCUUGCUGCUUGCAGUGAAUUCUUCAGGGCAAAACUUGUAAACCAAUCGAAUACAGAUGAGUGCAUUUUGGAUUUGAAUCAUGUAACUGUCAGUGGAUUUUCUCCAUUGCUGGAGUAUGCAUAUACUGCUACACUUGCCAUAAAUACAGAGAACAUUAUUGAUGUCUUGGCUGCUGCUAGUUAUAUGCAGAUGUUCCAUGCAGCCAAAACCUGUUCAGAGUUCAUGAAAUCAAGUAUCCUGUGGAAUACAAGCAGUAAUCUGACACGGUCUGUUCCUUUACUUCCUCAAGAGAACAGUAGUGCUUGCAUCGUUCAGUCUCAUGAUGACAACCUAUCUCCAGUAUCUUCAGAAUGCAGUUCUGUUGAGAAAUGUAAGCCCAGGGAAUCUCGCAGAAAACAGAAGAACUUCAUUAUGAUGUCUCCAGAGAGUCCCACCGAAUCUGCUGCACAGCCCAACUGUUCUCAAGUUGUGAACCCCUCGGUGGCUUUCUCAGACAAUAGGACCCAGCAACCUGUGGACUCAUCACUGUCAUUUCAGUGGACACACCCUGUGGGUGCUGAGUGUCGGACUCUCAGCGAAAAAGCAAAGUCAACGGAAAGUGUGAGGGUCGUGGAACAGCCCAUAAACACUGAGGUGACGGGGCGGGUGCCCGAGUACACCGCCUGUGAAAGUACAAAAGCAACGUCACCCCCUAUACUAGAAGAUGAUGUGAGGAUCAAAGUUGAAAGGUUGAGUGAUGAUGAAGGCCAUGACCUUGUAUCACAGCCUGUCAGUGCAUCACAGAGUUCACUUAGUGACCAUCAAACUGUACCAGGAAGUGAACAGACUCAGGAGGAUUUAUUGAUUAGUCCCCAAUCAUCUUCUAUUGGUUCAGUAGAUGAAGGAGUUACAGAAGGGCUGCCAACACUUCAAGGCACUUCCAAUGCCAACAAUCACCCCGAUGAUGAUGACAGGCUAGAGAGUGGGCAGUAUUCCUACCAGCUCUACAUAAACCCUUCCACAAGUGGCACAGAAAGACCCUGUCCAAAUGGUCCUAAUAAGCCUUUUCAGUGUCCUACAUGUGGUGCUAGGUUCACGCGCAUCCAAAACCUCAAACAGCACAUGCUUAUUCACUCAGGUAUAAAACCCUUUCAGUGCGACAGAUGUGGGAAAAAGUUCACAAGAGCAUACUCCUUAAAGAUGCAUCGUCUGAAGCAUGAAGGCAAGCGAUGUUUCCGAUGCCAGAUUUGCAGUGCAACGUUUACUUCCUUUGGGGAAUAUAAACACCAUAUGCGAGUUUCAAGACACAUUAUCCGAAAGCCAAGGAUCUAUGAGUGCAAAACAUGCGGAGCCAUGUUUACUAAUUCUGGAAACCUAAUUGUGCACCUGAGGAGCCUGAACCAUGAAGCAUCUGAAUUAGCUUCCUAUUUCCAGAGCAGUGACUUCAUAGUGCCAGACUACCUGAAACAGGAGCAAGAAGAAGCCCUCGCUCAUUAUGACAUUGAGGACAGUGGUUUUGAUAACAACUCGGCAGUGCAAAUGCCUGUCAUCUCACAGGUAUCCUCCACACAGAACUGCGACAGCGCAUUUCCCCUUGGGCACUUGGCUGGACUGAUGAACAAAGAUGAUGAAAUAAUAGAAGAGCAGAAAACAAAUGGUUCCGAUGUAAAUGGAAUCCUUGGGGUAAGGGAAGAUCUGCAUAAGAGGGGCUCUCCAGAGGAAGGACCUCAUAUCCUUUAUAGCUAAAUUAAACCUGGUAGUUAAACUUCUGUUCUUUUG